AUGGGCAACGAGUACUAUAACAACAAAUUCGCCUACCAAAACCAGAAAAACAACAAAAUGGUCUACGGGGGCUACCAGCCAGUACCCGGUCCCACCGCCCCAAGCUUGGAAAUCAACAUCAACCAGAACCACGGUGGUGCCUCUCCAGUCCCAUCGUACGCAUCAGCCGGAAGACGACCACCAAACCACCCUCCGCCCAUCCCUCCAGUGAGUGAAUAUGCCCAGCCGGCCUACAAUCCGAUGUGGUUCGACCGCUUCCCGCGACGAGAAAACCGGGGCAUGUUCCGAUUGGCGCUCGUGGAGGCUAUGCUGGCAUUGGUAGUGCUCGGCGGUGGAAUCUGGUGUGCAAGGGACACGUCCGAUUAUUGCCCCUGGCAUUCAGCCAUUUGGACCGGCGCUUUCUUCCUGAUUAAUGCGAUAAUUGGGUCGGCUGCUGCCAAGAUCGGGUCUAUCAAUCUCUACAUGGCCCAUCUGGUAAUGUCAUUAGUGUGCGUUGGAAUGUGCUUGAUUGGUGGAGGACUUUCUACUAGAAACUGGAUUACGGUCGGCACCUAUGGCCACCCGAAAAUCGAGCGUGGCGCGGCUUUUUGCUUGCUCGGCGAGCAUGACCCCAGCCGAAUUUCCUAUAUUUUCUCGCAUAUGGAUAAGUACGACUUCCGCAGCUGCCUGUUUCAGCUGAAAGUUGGCAUCGCUGUAAACUCAAUUCAAAUCGUCGUCUCGGCACUGCAAGGCAAAUUUUGCAUUAAAGCG